AUGUUGCGGGUGGCUGCCCUCACCGCGCUCUUUGUGCUCUUCAGGCUGGUCCUGAAGCUCUCCUGGGUCCAGGUGAUCCCUGCCCUCUUCAUAUUCUACUUGGGCUCCGGGGGAUGGAAAUUCCUGCGCAUCGUCUUCAAGACAAUAAGGAGGGACGUCACCACGGGGCUAGUCCUGCUGAGGGUGAAGUGGCAGGUGUGGCGGCACUUGAGGGGGAAGAACACCAUCCCCAAGAUCUUCCAGGAGACGGUCCGCAAGCACCCGGAGAAGACGGCGCUGAUCUUCCAGGGAACGGGUGAGAGCUGGACCUUCCGCCAGCUGGAUGAGUACUCCAACCAGGUGGCCAACUACCUGUAUGAGCAGGGCUUCCGCUCUGGCGACGUUGUGGCCUUGUUCAUGGAGUCCCGCAACCAGUACGUGGGCCUCUGGCUGGGGAUGGCCAAGAUUGGGGUGGAGGCGGCGCUCGUGAACUCCCACCUGCGCAUGGAGGCCCUGCUGCACUGCAUCAACAUCUCCAGCUCCAAGGCCGUGGUGUUCGGGGCCGAGAUGAUGGAAGCCAUGCAGGAGGUACAGCCCUCCCUGGGGAAAUCUGUUCGUCUCUUCUGCUCCGGAGAUUGGAAUCCAGAAUCCGCACCCCCAAGCACAGAACACCUGGACCCCUUCCUGGAGAUGGCUCCUCGGCACCUGCCAAGCCCCCCAAAGAAGGGUUUCCUAGAUAAACUCUUCUACAUCUACACCUCUGGCACGACGGGGAUGCCCAAGGCAGCCAUCGUGGUCAAUUGCAGGUACUACCGCAUGGCAUCCCUGGUGUAUUACGGAUUCCGCAUGAGGCCAGAUGACGUGAUGUACGACUGCCUCCCUCUCUACCAUGCGGCAGGUAACAUUGUUGGGAUUGGCCAGUGCCUCCUCCAGGGGAUGACUGUGGUGAUCCGCAAGAAGUUCUCAGCCUCUCACUUCUGGGAUGACUGUGUGAAGUACAACUGUACGAUUGUCCAGUACAUCGGGGAGAUCUGCCGCUACCUCCUGAACCAGCCGUCCCAGGAGGUGGAGCGGCGGCACCACGUGCGCAUGGCGCUUGGGAACGGGCUGCGGAUGUCUAUCUGGAAGGAAUUCAUCUCCCGCUUCGGGAUCCCCCAAAUCGCCGAGUUCUACGGUGCCACCGAGUGCAACUGCAGCCUGGGCAACUUCGACAACAACGUUGGUUCCUGUGGCUUUAACAGCAGGAUCCUGCCUGGGAUUUACCCUGUCACCUUGGUGAGGGUGGACGAAGACACCAUGGAGCUGAUCCGUGGGCCGGAUGGACUCUGCAUCCCCUGUAAACCAGGGGAGCCGGGACAGCUGGUCGGACGCAUCAUCCAGAGUGACCCUCUGCUGCACUUCGACGGGUACCUGAACCAGUCAGCCACCAGCAAGAAGAUCGCCCAUGACGUGUUCGCCAAGGGGGACUUGACGUAUCUUACCGGAGACGUGCUGAUGAUGGAUGAAUAUGGCUACAUGUACUUCCGGGACCGCACCGGGGACACCUUCCGUUGGAAGGGCGAGAAUGUCUCCACGACAGAGGUGGAGGGGACUCUGAGCCGCAUCCUCCACAUGACAGACGUUGUCGUCUACGGGGUGGAGGUGCCAGGCACUGAGGGGAAGGCAGGGAUGGCAGCCAUUGCUGACCCCAAGAAUUCCUGCAACCUGGAGAGCUUUGCCAAUGAGCUGAAGAAGGCCCUGCCCUUGUACGCACGGCCCGUCUUCUUGCGAGUGCUUCCAGAAGUCCACAAGACAAGCACCUACAAGUUCCAGAAGAUGGAGCUGCGCCGGGAUGGAUUUGACCCCGCCGUGGUGAAGGACAAGCUGUACUUCCUGGACUCCAGGCAAGGCUGCUACCUCCCGCUGGACAUGGAGGCCUUCAGGAGGAUCCAGUCAGGACAACAGAAGCUGUAAUGGGCGAGGCUCUGCAAGUUGCCUCUCGGAUCCCUCUGCUGUGUCAGAACGGGGAAGGAAAGGGUUAAAGGAUGACACGAAGGGCAGGCGUGGGCUUUAUUUAACAAGUUUUACACACGCAGAUGGGUGUGUUUGAUGGGGUGGGGCAGGAGGUUACGUACCAAAGUAUAGAAUCAUUACAGCUUUAUUUU